AUGGAAAGCUGCGACACGACGUCCACGGCAUCGACGAUUCCCCGACCGCCGAGCACCACCCCGCGCAAGGGUCUCCCAGCGUCACGGAAUCGAUAUGCCGAAGAGUCAACGCCUCUUGCCCAUGACCACGCCUUCCUGGGUCUGCCAUCCGGCCGGAAGAAGCAUGAUGAGGAUCACGGAUUGACCGAGCUGUGGUUCCGCGGGCGCGGCGGCCAUUUCGGCCAGCACGGCGUGCGAGACCAUGAUACGCCCUUCAUCCACCUCCGUCCGACCGUUUCGACGGGCCGUCUGCGGCCAGGCAUGAGCCAGCAGCGGCACCAAGCUCUUCGACCUGCUCUGACGUCUCCGAACCUGCGAGAAGCAGCUACGCUGUACAGGCAUGUAUCAGCUCAAUCUCGCGUGUCCGCAGACAGUGCAAUCAGCACGUCCACGAUGCGCCGCCAGGAUGCUCGAGACAUGUUUGACGAGUUCGGAAUCGACCUACCAGAGGGCUGGCUUUCGGAAGACGACGGCGUGGCCUUCGCAGGCGACGGGACAAAGAGUAAGACCGACCGUGUUCGGGUCUGCCACUCAUGCGGUGCGCCCGUCACGACCAACAAGUUUUGUUCUGACUGCGGACACUCUACUUGUGUCAAGUGUACGACCUCGCCAGCGAACGGCAAUGCUGACGAUUCGACCGUCACUGUUCCUUCGUACGAGGGCCAUCCCGAGACACCACAGACAAGGCAGCAGGUGACGUCGAACACAAUACCCACGACGCCGUCAAACAGACCCCGCACCGAGACAGAUCCGAAGACGUCGUCAGACAAUGCUCACAUCGCUGUCAAGAACAACCCCUUUGUCAUUGCGGAUCAGAGAACCAAGGGCAACAUCGCCCAGCCUAAGAUGACUGGUACUGCAGCCCGGGCACGGAAACCCACGCGGCUGUCUGACUGUGUACCACAUCAGCAGGGACCCUCUGUACGCAGACCAGACGUCGGACCAGGACAUGGACCAGUUCAGCCUGGGGAGCGUCUGCUGACACACCACACCAGCCACCAUGCCUCCGGGCACUCAACAGCUCAAGGGCCGGGUACCCACGCGGACGCCGUGGCAAAGAACACGGCACAAGGCGACCCGUUUCUGGAUGCCGAGACCGAGGAGCCGCAUUGCCAGUCGAUGAACUCUCUCGACAAGAAGAUUGAUCAGCUUUACCAUCAUGCCGAGGACAUGUACCACGCCCAACACAUCAUGGAGCAUCUCGCCGCUGGCUCCGCCGCCAUGGAACCCGGGAGAAGCGUCUCAGCUCGCCCGGCCCGGCGGCUCUCCUACUCACCUGCAUCGAGCCGCGAGACGUCGUCGAUUUCUCCCUCGGCGCUGCGUCCAGCACCGCACAGCAUCGGUACAGACGCCCUCGCGCGGGUCAACACGAUCAAGAAGACGCACACAAUGGGAAAAGACCCGCUCUCGCGCAUCAGAGAGCAGGAGAGACCACACGGACACUCACUCUCUGCCGAUGGCAAAGAAGGCAAGAAACCAGGACCGAGCUCGAUCGCCACGCCCAAGGCGCGGCUUUCCGACCCACCAGCCUGGCUCUCCAGUCCCGAGAAGCGCGCAGGCGAUGCCAGUCUGCAUCUGAAGAAGACGGACACGAAUUUCACGGCGGAUGCGAAAACGACAGCCGAGGCAUCGUCCCACGUCCAGGACACGCGCGGACCACCGACAACGCCGCCACAUACUGCCGACGUGACUGUCGGCGCGGCGUCGUGGCCGAGACUCAAGCCCGUCAUGAAGACGACGCCCAUCGCGGAAGAACAGCAGAGGCACUCGGUGCUGUGGAAUCACGUACCGCUACGGGCAUUGACAAAGACCGACACCCUCGCAUCCAAGGUGGCCGAGCCUGCGUCGGCACCAUCGUUUCGACAGCACCAGCUGCGCAAGGUAACAUACCCCGAGGCAGCAGAUCUGCAGACGAAGCGAGCUGCCGCUUCGGUGGCUGGGAUGGCCAAGCCAGACUGCUCGACAUGCUCUGUCACGGGCGCCGCCACGGCAGCGACCGCUUCGGCGAGCGAUCGCGACGAGACACCAACGAGGCAGAACGAUCCGGACGAGCUCUUCCUGCCCUACAGACCCACGGUGGGAAGCAGUACAAAGACGUUGACCGUCGCCGAAGUCGAGCACGUUCUCGCGUCCACAUCGAUCCUGCCCGUGGCUUCCCCGCCUUCGGCACGCCAGGAGGAGAUGGAGGUGUACAGCCCGAUACCCAUCAUGCCGCCGAACCACAGCUGUUUCUAG